AUGUUUGAUAAUAUCCAAGUCGGAAGAAGAUUUAACAGUCAAGUUUUCUCUGUGAAAUGGCACCAGUUUACCAAUGCCUUUGGCAGUCUUUCCUACUCACAAACUGAGACAAUUAUAUUAAAGGUUUUCGAUUCUUUUGAAGCAAAAUCAAAGCAUGGAUAUAAUAAAUUAAAAUAUAGCGACAGAGCCAGCUUAUGUCAUAAUUCCUUCAAAAAGGAAAUUGAAAUUUAUCAACAAAUUAAUAAUUAUAAUAAUCAAUGUGGCAAGCACGAAACAAUAAACAUUCUCAGAAUAUAUAAAACAGGUUGUUUGAUGAUUAAUUCCAACCAUCUUUAUGAAUUUUGUGGAUUAUGUAUUGCAAUGGAAGACCUAGGUACAAGCAAACCAUCUACUGGAGAGGACUUUAAAAAAGGCUUUCUACAGCUAUACCUUUUACAUAAAUUAAAGAUAUAUCAUAAAGAUAUUAAAACUUCAAACAUGUUUAUCUUUAAUAAUAAAUUUUUUUUCAUUGACUAUGGUUUCUCAUCUUCAACAAAUACAGUCAAAGCAUAUGAUUACGCAGAAAAAGAUUUAGAUGCUUUGCAGAUUUGCAAAGACAAAGUUCUUUAUCAACAAUAA